AUGAUGGAGAAGCUGGGAAUCUUGGUUGCCGUUGCAAUGUUUCUGGAGACGGUGUCUGCUGCCUCUCUGGGGGUGGUGUACACAGAGGGCGGCAUGGUAGAGGGAGAGAACAUCCGUCUUGGGUUCCGUCACCACAUGGACAUCUUCAAAGGGGUUCCAUUUGCCGACAUUCCUGGAAGGUUUGAGAAACCACUGCGUCACCCUGGUUGGGACGGUGUUCUGAAGGCCACUGAAUACAGGAAGAGGUGCCUUCAGUUGAACUUAAUCAUGACUGACACGAGGGGAAGUGAGGACUGUCUCUACCUUAACAUCUGGGUUCCUCAUGGCCGAUCAGUGUCAACCGAUCUACCGGUCAUGGUCUGGAUCUAUGGUGGCGGCUUCCUGGCUGGAGGGUCGAUGGGUGCUAAUUUCCUGAAUAAUUAUCUCUAUGAUGGGCAGGAGAUUGCAGCUCGAGGGAAUGUCAUAGUGGUGACACUGGGAUACCGUGUGGGAACUCUGGGCUUCCUCAGCACUGGAGACUCUAGUUUACCAGGGAACUACGGUCUCUGGGAUCAGCAGGCUGCCAUCGCCUGGGUCCACAGAAACAUCCGCUCAUUUGGAGGAGACCCAGAGAACAUCACGAUCUUUGGAGAGUCUGCAGGUGGUGCUAGCGUGAACUUCCAGACCCUCACUCCCCACAACAAGGGACUCAUCAAGAGAGCGAUCUCCCAGAGUGGUGUCGCUCUUUGCCCCUGGGGUAUCAUCAAGAACCCCCGAAAGAUCGCAGAGGAGAUUGCUCUUAAAGUUAACUGCCCCACUGAUGACCAAAUGGCCGCCUGUUUGAAGAUGACUGAUCCUGUGCUCCUCACAAAAGCAGGCACUCUCAAUUUUGACACCUCACCUGAUGCUCCCCUCGUAAACAACUUGAUCCUGUCAGUUGUUAUUGAUGGGGAUUUCCUGCCUGAUGAGCCUUCCAAAUUGUUCCACAAUGCUGCUGAUAUCGACUACAUCGCCGGAGUCAAUGACAUGGACGGACAUUUUUUCACUGCCAUAGAUAUUCCUUCAAUCAACUCCCACCUAGUUGAGACACCUAUUGAUGACAUGAAGAGGCUGCUGGCUACAUACACUCAAGACAAGGGCAAGGCCGGUCUGGAAAAAGCAUAUGCCAUGUACACUUCAACAUGGCCAAGCAAUCCCAGCAAGGAAGACAUUAAGAGAACAAUUGUGGACAUUGGAACAGAUUACAUCUUCUUGGUUCCUACACAAGCUGCCCUUUAUCUUCAUGCUGCUAAUGCCACAUCUGGUCGCACCUACUCCUAUCUUUUCUCUGAGACCAACCGUAUGGCCGGCAUUGGUAGGCCGUAUCCCAGCUGGAUAGGAGCUGACCACGCUGAUGACCUGCAGUACGUCUUUGGAAAGCCCCUCACAACACCACUGGGAUACUGGCCUCGCCACCGUGAUCUUGCUCGCUACAUGAUCGCCUAUUGGACCAACUUUGCCAAAACUGGAGACCCCAACAAAGGAGACUUGAGCGUACCCACCACGUGGCCUAAAUUUACAAAUGGACACCAGUACCUGGAGAUCAAUAAUAAGAUGGAUAAGAACAAUGUAAGACAGAAGAUGAGGGUGCGUUAUGUACAUUUUUGGACCAGCAUCUUGCCCAACAUCCCAAUUAACAUCUCACAAUAAAGACCAAU